CCAGCACUGUGCGGGCCGAACAGCUGAAAGUGGCAACGCUGUCACACACGUACAAAAUAAUUAAAUAAAUUACGAAAAUAUUUGAAUCAAUUGUUAGAGCUACGUUUAAGAUGGAAGAUCUAAGUAUAAGUGGCCACCAAGUGCAGGUGCAGCCUGGCGCUCCAGCGGAACCGUUUCGAAUCACCACCAAUGCUCCGCAUCAAAUGAACGAUCCCAAUAUGACACCGGGACGCCAAAAGCUGCAGAAAUGGUUGGGACGUGUCCUGCGCAUCGUUAUAACCGAUGGACGUGUCCUGGUUGGCUUCUUCAAUUGCACGGAUCGGGAUGCCAACAUUGUGCUCUCCAUGUGCGCCGAGUAUCUAGUGGAGGGACAGGAACCGCGUCUGCUGGGCAACGUUAUGGUGCCGGGCAAGCAUAUUGUAUCCCUUAGCAUCGAUGAGGAGCCAGCAACGAAUGUGGAGGUGGCAUAGUCCUUACUCUUGUACCGUACCUCACCUAAUGUUAAUAAAAUUAAUUAAACUAAAGAA